AUGUCGAACUUGCAGAUACCACCGUAUUUCGAAACGAAACCGCUUUCCAGGAAAGAUUUCUUCAAGAAGGAUGAUGACGACUACAUAGAGAAGGCUGAAGAAGAUCUGGAUGGGGUGAAGCGGUUGUAUCAACUGGUGGACUCCAGGAUACAGGUGGAUCCGGAUUCAGGACGAGCGAAGAAGAGGCGAAAAGUGGAGGUGGAAAGAAAGGAAGAAGGACCUUUGUUAUUUAGGCUAGUUUCGGGCAAAGGCCCAAUACCUGUAUCACUCGAACCGCCUCCACUACCGCCUGCAGUAUUGAAGAUCAUCGAACCUGAAGAUGACGAUGAUACUGCGAAAAGAAGGCAUGAAAUUGCCCAGGCGACAGCUAUUGACGCGUCUUGGAUAAUGAAAGAGUCGUCCAUUCCGGGGCAUCGCAAAUCUAAGGUUGAGGAAUACAAGUCCUCGAAACGUUCGAUACCGACUGCAAACAUGGUGGUUCUGUCCAAGCUGCAAGCUCCUCGAACUUCACGUCCGCCGGUACCGGCGAACCAGCUCGGCUACCCGUACACGGAAACACUUAAACCGGUGGCAAAUCUCAAAGCGUGUCCAACUGUCGAACUUGCUCAGCCUCAUCUUAGUCGCCGCAAACGCAAACAACAGCGCCGCCAACGCCCCCCUCCCGCGUUCUGGACACCUCCGCCAAACGUGACGGGGAAAUGUGUUGGAUACGCGUACGGCUAUCCCAGCAGUUUUUCCAAUGUGGAGAGGUGGAAUCAGCGCGGUAUAUUGUACAGGCGCGAUACCAUGAAGAAGGCCAAACUGAAGUCGGGAUAA